UCCAGCCCCACAACGAGAGAACUCAUCAUCAUGACAUAUGAGUUCCUGUGGUUUGAAGUGUUUCCUUUCCCUGAUUUUGGUUAUAGCAUUGAAGGUAUAAAAGAAGCAUGUACUAAGUUUGUGAUAAAGGAUGAAGAUACAAUAAUGGUGUCGUACCCUAAAUCAGGGGGAUACCAGUGGAUUCAGUCUGUGCCCAUCUGGGAACGCUCACCCUGGGUAGAGUCAGAUGUAGGAUACAAAUUGCUAAAUGAGAAUGAAAGACCAAGGCUCCUGACCUCUCACGUUCCCUUCCAUCUAUUCCCCAAGUCGUUAUUCACUUCCAAGGCCAAGGUGCUAUAUCUCAUGAGAAAUCCCAAAGAUGUUCUUGUAUCAGUGGCCUAUGGAUCAUGGUUUGAGCACAUUCGUGGCUGGAUGUCCAUGAGACACAGGGAGAACGUCCUGCUGCUGAGUUAUGAAGAGCUACAGAAGGAGCCAAGAAGCACCAUAAAGAAGAUCUGUCAAUUCCUGGGAAAGAAGUUAAAUCCAGAAGAACUGGAUUCAGUCCUCAAGAAUAGCUCCUUCCACGUCAUGAAACAAAACAAGAUGUCUAAUCUUGAAACAGUGCCUGAAUCUUUAACGAGUCUGCACUUCUCAAUGGCAAGGAAAGGCAUCUGUGGGGACUGGAAGAAUCACUUCACAGUGGCCCAAGAUGAAGCCUUUAAUAAAGUAUACCAAGAGAAGAUGGCAGGUUUUCCCAAAGACCUGUUCCCAUGGGAAUAAUGUUGAAGACAUUCUGGAUCUUCUAUGGAUGCUGAUAAUUGUUGUCCUGUCCUGGGAUGAGUACAGAAGUGGGGAGUUCUAGAAUAAAACCCAUUUCUACAAGAAAAGGGAGGGAAGGACAGGAUGGCAUAAAGAACCAAUGAAAUAUAAACUAAUAGAGGAGCAAAAGGAAAUCUAGCUGAGUAGAGAAGGAGAAUGGGAGAGGGGAGGAGGCCCAGCAGGGAGGGAGGAGCGAGACCUGAAACGCCUUUCCCUGCAGGGAUGAGUGUUUCUGGAUCUACCCAACUACUGUGCAUAGCAAAUCUAAC